AAAGAGGGAGAGAAAAGAGAUACGAAGUUGAGAUAAGAAAGAAAGAAGGAAAAAAAAAACAGAAUAUACCAGGGAAUAUAUAAUAAUUUAAGGCAAGAUGAGGAAAGAAUAGAAGACAACAACACGUUAAUUUUUUUCCCCUUUUUUACAUAUAUACGUGUAUCAAUAUUAGUCUGUAUUCGAGUCAUUGUGUACUUACGUAUGUAGUGAACGCUUACACACACACACACACACACACACACACACACAGAUAGACAGACAGGCAGGCAUACAGACCUACAUGUACGUGUAUUAUAAACUAGUAGAUAUAUAUUUUUCCUUCAUCCCCGAGCCAGGCUUAUAAGAGAAUAUGUAUAAAUAAUCAAACAAACACAAGAACAAACACAUGCACUCUUCCUCGUCCUCCUCCUCCUCCUCCUUCUCUUCCUUCUCUCUUUUACAUAUGGACGGGUGUAUAAGGAGGAAGAGGAGGAGGAAAACGAGGAUAAGGAAGAGGGAAGGAGAGAAGAGAGAGAACGAGAGAGAGGUAAAAACAGACACAUUGCAUAAGUCCUCCUCAUCUUCCUCCUCCUCCUCCUCCUCCUCCUCCUCCACCUCCUCCCAGGCCGGACUAAUGCCCCCCUCCCCCCCACACACAGUUCAUAUCAAGAGCGAGCUUAGACUCCUAGUUGUCGUGUUGCUAUUGUAAAAAGAAGAGCUUAAUAAUGUACAGUCCUUCCUUGUUCAUCCUCGUCCCCUCUUGUCCCUUCUCGCCUUGCCUUGCUGCCCUCCUCCUCCUCCUCCUCCUCCUCCUCCUCCUCCUUCACCUAUACUUCCUUCCUCUUUCUCUUCCUCUUCAUCUUCUUCCUUUAACAGUUUCCUCUCCUUCGUCCUUAUUUAUCUAUUUUUUGUUUGUUUGUUUUUUUCUUAUUCAUUUUCGUCUUCACUAACUACCCCUAGUGAGGGCCAACAAAUCUGCUGAUGCUUUGUUCUUUCUUUGUGUGUUUUUUUUUUUUAAUGUGUCUCUUCUUCCUCCUCCUCCUCCUCCUCCUCCUCCUCCUCCUCCUCCUCCUCCUCCUCCUCCUCCUCCUCCUCCACCUUCUCCUCGUGUUUCUCCUCCUCCUCCUCCUCGCUAUCUUCUUUUCCUCAUUCUCCGUCUCCUCUCUCGUGUUGUUUUCUUUCUUUUUGUUCCUUUGUGUUUGUGCUCCUCCUCCUCCUCCUCCUCCUCCUCCUCCUCCUCCUCCUCCUUCUCCUCCUCCUGCUCCUUCUCCUCUUCCUCCUCCUCCCCUUUCCACGAACAAACAGAAUCACAAACACCUCAGAGAGAUUACUGUGUUCUUAAACGACCUUCCUCUCACCACCACCAACACCGCGACGCCCGUGGUGGUGGUGGUGGUGGUGAUGGUGGUGGUGGUGGUGGUGAUAGUGGUGGUGAGUGUGGUGGCGGUGGUAGUGGCUGUGGUGGUGAUUGUGGUGGCUGGCAUUAUAAGUUAUGACCAAAAAGAAGAAUUAUAGGAGAAGAAGAAGAAGAAGAAGAAGAAGAAGAAGAAAAAGAAGAAGAAGAAAAAGAGAAGAAGAAAGAAAGAAAGAGGGAAAAAAGAAAUCGUCAAGUAUAAAAGAGAGAAAAAUGUGUGAAUAUCAGAAUAUAAUUGUGAAAAUAAGAAUAUGUUGAAUUAAAAUAAAAAGGACAAAGAAAAAAAGAAAAGAAGAUUAAGAAAAUAUAAAAUGGAAAAGAACCAAACAUUUACAAGUAAGAGUGUGAAGAGAAAAAAAAUUAACAUCUACUAAUUAGGAAACGUAUAAUAUUUCUUACAGACAAAAUAUGAGAAAUGAGAGCAGAAGUUACAUAGAAAAUGAGAAAAUGGAAAAAGUAUGUGUUAAGAAAAAUAUCUAAAAGUUAUUGAACAGUGCUUAAAAAAAAAAAGGUGAACAAAAUUAGAUAAAAUUCAAUAAGAACCAAUUUACAGUAGCGUCUUUUCAGUAGAUGACAAUAACAACAAAAAAAGAAAAUAAUCGAAAACUGGUGAUGUGAGAAAUUCCAUAAAAAAAAAAAAAAACGAUGAAAGCAAGAAAAAGAAAUUGAAAAAAAUAUUAGUGAAAACCUUUGGGACACCUGACGAAAGAAAAAGAAAGAAAAACAAAAAGAAAAAAUGAAAACGUAUAUUAAUAGAAAUCAGUGCAAAACAUAAAAAAAAAAAAAGAAAAACGAAAUAGAAAAAGAAUAGAAAGCUGAGGAGAUGCAACUGCAGCAACACAAGCCAGGGCGUGACAGGAGGCGAGUACAGGAAGGCACCCACACAAACACCCAGUGCCAGACCAGACCCAGGACAGCAGCAUCACGUGACUAACACAACAAUACUAAAGCCACGAGAGGCGCCCACUCACUCACUGACUCACUACACUCCUGGAUCGUCUCACUCACGCCCGGAGGAACACAUCACGCAGACACGCACCUUCCCCUCCUCCUCCCUUCCUUCUUCCUUCAUCCCCCUUCACCAACUCUCCCAUCUAAUCAACCUCCCCCCAUCACUUAGACAUCCCAUCGUCCUUCCUCUUUCUCCCUUACUUCUUUCCUCCUUUCUCCGUCCCCCCUCCCCCCACUUCUGACGCUUGGUAACCCCCACACCUACAAAUACUCUAUAUUAACAAGUAUAGUAGAAGGCAAAUCUUGUAAUAUAUGAUAAUAAUAAUCCUUUUCAUUAAGUUCAUAUCGCAUAGGGUUAAUGAUGAUGAUGAUGAUGAUGAUGAUGAUGAUGAUGAUAAUGACUGUACCGAGUAUUAAUUAACUAGUCAUAAUGUUAAUGAUAAUGAUAAUGAUAAUAAUAAUAUUAAUGAUAAUAAUAAUAAUAAUAAUAAUAACAAUAGUAAUAUUUAAUCGCUAUAAUGAUAACGGAGCUCAAAGCGGGAACCCAGACCGGCCUCGACCAAUGGCAGUGCCGGGAAGUUACGUCAUUGUUCCAAAAGCGACGUUCUGAUUGGUGGAUAGGUUCUUCAUCCCGUAACGGCUCUGUGAUUAGUUGUUGAGGUGCCAUUGCGACAAGGCGGCUCGCUGAUUGGUUGACGCGGUCUGGGGGACGGUGACCUUAGCUGUAAGUGACUGGUAGUUGUAGUAGUGGUAGUAGCGGUGGUGAUGGUGGUAGUGGUGGUGGUGGUGGUGGUGGUGGUAGUUGUUCUGCUGCUACCUGCUUCUCUCUCUCUCUCUCUCUCUCUCUCUCUCUCUCUCUCUCUCUCUCUCUCUCUCUCUCUCUCUCUCUGACCUCACUUCAUCCCUACCUACCCUACCCCUGUGUGUGUGUGUGUGUGUAUGUGUGAGAUCUCACAUUCCUCCUCCUCCUCCUCCUCCUCCUCCUCCUCCUCCUCCUCCUCCUCCUCCUCCUCCCCCUCCUCCCCCUCCUCGUCCUCUUCCUCCUCCUCCUCCUCGUACGAUGUAUAGGAGCAAUUUAACACAAAUAGGAGUAAAUGACACACACACACACACACACACACACACACACACACACACACAAGAGAAAGGAAGAAGGAGAGGAGAGAAGAGGGAAGAGGUCAGAAGGAAGGAAAGUGAAAAGAGGUGAGGAGAAGGAUGGAUGAGGAAAGGAAGGACGACGAGAAAGAGGAGAGGAGAGACGAGAAAGAGGAGAGGAGAGACGAGAAGGAAGGAAGGAAGGCACAUAAUAAAGUAAAGAAUUAAAAAAAAAAACUUAGGUAGAUAUGAAUAAACAAAGAAAAAUCAGAAAAAAAAUGUGAAUAUUAAACGAUAAUUAAAAAAUCAAUAUAAAAAAAUCAAACAAGAGUAUUUUAACCUCCCAGUAAAUAUUUCACCCCCAUAACCACCUCCCCCAUCACCCCAACACCCCAUAACCACCCCCUCACCCUAACACCCCAUCACCGCCCCUCCCUGAUUCCCAUCCUCCUCUCCUUCACCCACACACACCAGCCACCUGUCAUUCACCCCAACACAUCCCCACUACCACACCUCCGUCACCCCACAACACCACACCUCCCCCUCUCUCACCCCACACCCCCACCACCAUCCCUCCCUGACUUCUAUCCUUCCUUCACCAAACACUGAGGAGGGUAUGAAAAAUUUUAUCUGUAUCACCAAAACCUCCUCCUCUUCCUCCUCCUCCUCAUCCUCCUCCUCCUCCUCCUCCUCCUCCUCCCCUUCUUCUCCUUUCUCCUUUCUUACUUUCCAUUUCUCCAUUUUCAUUAUUUCAUUUCUGCUUUUCUUUUUUUAUUAUGUGACUUCGUAAAUACAUACAUACAUACAUACAUACAUACAUACAUACAUACAUAAAUAAAUAAAUAUAUACGCAGAUACAUAAAUAUACACAUUUCCUACCGACACACGUAUAUACAUAUAUUAACAAACACACACACACACACACACACACUGAAAGGAGCGGCAAUCCAGCGUUUAUUUGUUUGUUUGUUUGUUUGUUUUAAUCUGUUUAUUAUUAUUGUUUUGAACUCCUGGCCAGCAUCCUUCACGCGCAUAAACACACACACACACACACACACACACACACACACACACACACACACACACACACACACACACACACACACA